AUGGUCAUGUGUGGCCCUGCUGUAGUUUAUAAUACAGCGUUGAAUAUAGAAAUAGGCCCUUUGCAGUUAUCCCAAGUAGUGUCUUCUCUGACACCACAAGUAGCAACCCACAUGUCCCCAACAACAGAAAACCCUGUAGAACAAGUUGUUUCCUUGUUACAAGAGAUUGUCUCUGCCGUGGUAAAUGAGACCAAACCAGCCACCACUGUUCAGGUCGGUUUGAGCGUUAAAAAUGAUAAUGACGUAAACAUGAAUAAAAACAAAAGGCUCAAAGAUAAUAAAAAUAGAGUUUCAGGUAAAAAAGUAGGUAUUCGUCAAAAUAAUAAGAAAGAGUAUGAAAAAGAUAUAUCCGGUAAUUGUGAAAUAACGGACGAUCUAGAAGAUCUCCAAGUCGAUAAGAUUAAUAAACGUGGGCAUCAUUAUGAAAACGGAAUAAUGGUCAAAAAAGACGAAGGUUGUGGGCAUUGUGAGAAAAAGGAAAAUGUUCAGAGUGGCUUGAAGGACAUGUUAAACGAAGUAAAUGAAUUCGAACCCGAAAAAGGGCUAAAUAAUGAAAGUGGAAAUCUUGAUGAUAUAUGUGGAGUUUGGAUGUUGAAAGUAGAAAAUGUCAGAAAUGUGAAGUCAGUAGAAGAACAUGGUCUAAACAACAAUGAUCUCCAAGAAAUGUGCAGUGCCUGGAUGGAUAAGGAAAUUGAUGAUAACCCACCUUGCAGCAAUAAAAUGAUAGUAGGUAUGAAGGUUAAUGAAACUUGA